AUGGGAAUCCCUCUUCAAACAAUAACCACCCUCCGCACAACGUUCAACCCGUUCGCCCGCUCCUCGCGGCCAUGCCGCCUCAUCCUCUCGCUCCUCCGCAAUCCUUCCACAACCCCCGCCAGCAGUCCGACACAUAUCGACAUCAAAGUCACCCAGCUACCGCGGACUUCCACGAAAGAGCCCGAGAUCACGGUGGGGUUCAAGGGAGGAAAGGAAGUGAAGUUCGAGGUCGGGAAGCGCCAGCUGAAGAUUGGAGAUGUUGUUAAUGAGAUUUCCCGAAUCGGUAGGGGUAUUGAGCGUGAGGAGAGUUUACAGGGUUAG